CUGGCAUAGUUUCACCCCCCUUCCCAAGAGGGUCGGUGCGUUUUUACUUUGACUCCCCCCUCAGGAGGAAGGCGCUCGCGCUCGGUGUUUUUAUUCCCGCUCGGUCUGCUUCACGCAGAGGUGCGGUUCUCUUCUCCCCCCCCUCUGGACUUUCUCCACUGCGGUCGGGGUUGUGUAAAUCCAGGUCUCACAGCCUGGGAGGCGCUGUCAGGGCACAGCUCUGAGGAUUCAGCUGAUCCAGGAGUUCGAGCCGUAAACCUCACUGCAGCAUUUCAGGCUCCGGCCCGCCACAGCAGCGGCAGCGCGCGCGGCUCCUCACUGAUGGAGCACAAAUAAACCUGUCAGCGGAAAAAGAGGAGGAACUUCUCCGAGGGAGAGAGGAACGAGCUGCAGCUGGAGCCUUCCACGGGCUGGCCGCUGGUGCACAGCCACUUUCAUCAGAGCGCUGCGGAGGAUGAAGUUCAGCUGCGCUCCACGUGAUCCCGCGUUCCUGUAGGCUGUGCCCGCUCCUGCGCUCUGCGCGCCGCGUAAAGCCCGCGGGGAGCUGGCCGCUCAUCAGAGGCCGGGAGAGGAGAGUGCGUGUGUGCGUGCGCGACCGUCUCCUCUGCAGACAGCGGCCUGCGCCCUGCGCGCGCACCGGGAUCCAAAGUUUUCCUGCUCCAUCAUUGGGAUUGACGGGAGCCACUUGAGGAGCUGGUCGUCAGGAAUGGAAAACGAAUAAAAAGGAACUAGCUGCAGGAUGAAAACAUGGCCGCACCCCUUCUCGCACCCCCAGGACCUGACAGCUUCAAGAAGUUCACCCCGGAGUCCCUUGCCAACAUCGAGAAGCGCAUCAAUGAGGAGAAGAACAAGAAGCCUCCCAAACCCAGAUCGGACAGUAGUCACCGCGACACGUCGGAUGACAAUGAGCCGCAUCCCAACAGCGACCUGGAGGCCGGGAAGAGCCUGCCCUUCAUCUACGGCGACAUUCCUGAUGGAAUGGUGGCCACACCACUGGAGGAUCUGGACCCCUUCUACCUGAACAAGAAAACAUUUAUAGUCCUAAACAAAGGGAAAACAAUCUUCCGCUUCAGCGCGACGCCCUCCUUGUACAUCAUAAGCCCUUUUAAUCUAUUCAGAAGAAUAGCUAUAAAGAUUUUGAUACAUUCGUUAUUCAGCAUGAUCAUCAUGUGCACCAUUUUGACCAACUGUAUAUUCAUGACAUUUAGUGAUCCACCGGAAUGGUCCAAACAAGUGGAGUACACCUUCACAGGGAUCUACACCUUUGAGUCUCUCACUAAAAUAGUUGCCCGAGGAUUUGCUAUUGACGACUUCACCUUUCUAAGAGACCCGUGGAACUGGCUCGACUUCAUGGUCAUCUCCAUGGCAUAUAUUACUGAGUUUGUGGACCUUGGGAAUGUUUCGGCGCUGAGAACAUUCAGGGUUCUCCGAGCAUUGAAAACUAUUUCUGUCAUUCCAGGCCUAAAGACCAUUGUGGGCGCUCUGAUCCAGUCUGUGAAGAAACUGUCGGACGUGAUGAUCCUCACGGUCUUCUGUCUCAGCGUCUUCGCUCUGAUUGGACUGCAGCUCUUCAUGGGGAACCUCCGGAAUAAGUGCGUCUAUUGGCCGAUCAACAUCACGGAGCAGUACCUGGAGAACGGCAGCAGGGGAUUCGACUGGAAAGCCUACAUCAUGAAUGACACUAAUUUCUACUUCCUUCCUGGCGCUCUGGAUGCUCUGCUAUGUGGAAACAGUUCUGACUCGGGUCGAUGUCCGGAGGGCUAUACCUGCAUGAAAGCUGGAAGAAACCCCAACUAUGGAUACACCAGCUUUGACAGCUUUGGAUGGGCGUUCCUCACCCUCUUCCGUCUCAUGACUCAAGACUUCUGGGAGAACCUCUACAUGCUGACUCUUCGAGCAGCUGGGAAGACCUACAUGGUUUUCUUUGUGCUGGUUAUCUUUGUGGGCUCCUUCUACCUGGUGAACCUCAUCUUGGCUGUGGUGGCCAUGGCUUAUGAAGAGCAGAACCAGGCCACAAUGGAAGAGGCUGAACAAAAAGAGGCUGAAUUCAAGGCUAUGCUGGAACAGCUCAAACGGCAACAGGAAGAGACUCAGGCUGCUGCUGCUGCUCUAUCUGCGUGUACGGUGUCGGAAGCUGCGUUAGACGACGAAGGAGGUGGGCACCUGUCACGCAGUUCCUCUGAAGUCUCCAAGCUGAGCUCCAAAAGUGCCAAAGAGCGUCGCAACCGCAAGAAAAAAUGGAGACAGAAAGAACAGGAGAAAGAGAAAGGAGACAGCGAGAAGGUAGUCAAAUCUGAGUCGGACGAUGGAAGCAAGAAAAGCACCAUCCGCUUCCCGGGGACGCGACUCGGCAGGAAGACCUCCAUCAUAACCCAGUCGCUCCUCAGCAUCCCCGGCUCGCCGUAUAUGUCGCGCCACAACAGCCGCAGCAGCAUCUUCAGCUUUAAAGGCAGAUCCAAGGACAUGGGCUCGGAGAACGAGUUCGCCGACGACGAGCACAGCACAGUCGAGGAGAGCGAGGACCGCAGAGGCUCCUUGUUCAUACCGUACCGCCGCAAUAGCUACAGCGGCUACAGCCAAGGCUCAUCGCGCAUUCACCCGCUGGCGCCGCACUCUGGAGGGAAGCGGAACAGCACCGUGGACUGCAACGGUGUGGUGUCUCUCAUCGGCCCCGGGCCCGGCAGAAGGCUCCUGCCUGAGGUGAAAAUAGAUAAGGCAGCCACUGAUGACAGUAUCACCGAUUUGGAAAUCAAGAAGAAACAUUCAGGCUCUCUGAUGGUGUCUGUGGAUCAGCUCAACUCCUCGUUCAAAGGAAAGGAGCACGCCAACAGUCAAAUGAGUGUGGUCACCAACACUCUGCUGGAAGAGCUGGAGGAAUCUCAGAGGAAGUGUCCUCCCUGCUGGUACAAGUUUGCCAACAUCUUCCUCAUCUGGGAGUGUUGUCCCAUCUGGCUGAAGAUCAAGCACAUCGUGUACUUGAUAGUCAUGGACCCUUUUGUUGACCUGGCCAUCACCAUCUGCAUCGUCCUCAACACGCUCUUCAUGGCGAUGGAGCACUACCCCAUGACUCCACAUUUCGAGGGGGUCCUCUCUGUUGGAAACCUGGUUUUCACGGGUAUCUUUGCUGGGGAGAUGUUUGCAAAGCUGAUCGCCAUGGACCCGUACUACUACUUCCAAGAAGGCUGGAACUGUUUCGACGGCUUCAUUGUCACGCUGAGUUUGGUGGAGUUGGGGCUGGCAGACGUGGAGGGUCUGUCGGUGCUCCGCUCCUUCAGAUUGCUGAGAGUGUUCAAACUGGCCAAGUCGUGGCCCACCCUGAACAUGCUGAUCAAAAUCAUUGGGAAUUCGGUUGGCGCUCUGGGUAACUUAACCCUGGUGUUGGCCAUCAUCGUCUUCAUCUUCGCCGUGGUGGGCAUGCAGCUGUUUGGGAAAAGCUACAAGGACUGCGUUUGUAAAAUCGCUCCGGACUGCGAGCUGCCGCGCUGGCACAUGCACGACUUCUUCCACUCCUUCCUGAUCGUGUUCAGAGUGUUGUGUGGGGAGUGGAUCGAGACCAUGUGGGACUGCAUGGAGGUUGCAGGACAGUCCAUGUGUCUGAUCGUCUUCAUGAUGGUCAUGGUUAUUGGAAAUCUGGUGGUUCUGAACUUGUUCUUAGCUUUGCUGCUGAGCUCCUUCAGUGCAGACAACCUUGCUGCCACCGACGAUGACGGAGAACCCAACAACCUCCAGCUGGCUGUUGCUCGCAUCAAGACAGGGAUCGCCUGGUUUAAAGCAAACAUGAGGGUGUUUGUGGCGACGGUCCUCAAGAAGCAGCCAAUAGAGGACGAGCAGAAGCCUCUGGAUGAAAUGUACGAGAAAAAGCUCAACUGCAUAGCAAACCACACGGUGGACAUCAACCGGGAACUCGACUACCCGAAGAACGGGAACGGCACCACCAGCGGGAUCGGGAGCAGCGUGGGAAAGUACAUGAUCGAUGAAGACUACAUGUCCUUCAUCCACAACCCCAACCUCACCGUGUGCGUUCCCAUCGCUGUCGGCGAGUCAGACUUUGAAAAUCUCAACACAGAAGACUUCAGCAGCGAAUCGGAUGUGGAGAACAGUAAAGAUCUGGAUGAUACCAGCUCAUCUGAGGGAAGCACGAUCGACAUCAAGCCGGACGUGGAGGAGGUGGCUGUGGUGGAGGUGGUGGAGGAGUACGUCGACCCGGAUGCCUGCUGGACCGAUGAAUGUAUUGCGAAAUACAAGUGCUGCGAUGUUCCCAUCACGCACGGCUGGGGAAAACAUUGGUGGUUCCUGAGGAAGACCUGCUACCUGAUCGUUGAGCACAACUGGUUUGAGACUCUCAUCAUCUUCAUGAUCCUGCUGAGCAGCGGCGCCCUGGCCUUUGAAGACGUGUACAUUGAACAGAGGAAGACGGUCCGCAUCAUUCUGGAGUAUGCAGAUCGAGUUUUCACCUACAUCUUCAUCCUGGAGAUGUUGCUCAAAUGGGUGGCCUAUGGCUUUGUCAAAUACUUCACAAACGCGUGGUGUUGGUUAGACUUCUUCAUCGUGGAUGUGUCUAUAGUCAGCCUUAUAGCUAAUGCUUUGGGUUACUCCGAUCUAGGCCCCAUUAAAUCACUCAGGACACUGAGGGCCUUGAGACCCCUCAGGGCCCUGUCACGUUUUGAAGGCAUGAGGGUGGUCGUGAACGCCUUGGUGGGGGCCAUCCCCUCCAUCAUGAAUGUGCUGCUGGUGUGUCUCAUCUUCUGGCUCAUCUUCAGCAUCAUGGGUGUCAACCUGUUCGCUGGAAAGUACUAUUUCUGUUAUAAUGACACAGCCGAGGAGAUGUUCCUCCCAGAUCAAGUCAACAACAAAACCGAGUGUCUCGCUCUCAUAAAUGACAAUCACACCGAAGUCCGAUGGAAAAAUGUUAAGAUAAACUUUGACAAUGUGGGAGCAGGAUACCUGGCAUUGCUGCAAGUGGCGACUUUUAAAGGCUGGAUGGACAUUAUGUAUGCAGCUAUAGAUUCCAGAAAGGUUGAAGAUCAGCCCAUCUAUGAGGACAACUUGUAUAUGUAUAUCUACUUUGUCAUAUUCAUCAUCUUUGGCUCAUUCUUCACCCUGAACCUCUUCAUCGGUGUCAUCAUCGACAACUUCAACCAACAGAAGAAAAAGUUUGGAGGUCAAGACAUCUUCAUGACUGAAGAACAGAAGAAAUAUUACAACGCAAUGAAAAAACUGGGGUCCAAGAAACCUCAAAAACCAAUACCCAGACCACAAAACAAAUUCCAGGGGAUGGUGUUCGACUUUGUGACCCAGCAGGUUUUUGACAUUUCCAUCAUGAUGCUGAUCUGCCUCAACAUGGUCACCAUGAUGGUGGAGACAGACGACCAGUCAGAGGAGACGGAGAACGUCCUUUACUGGAUCAACUUCAUCUUCAUCGUGGUCUUCACCUGCGAGUUUGUGCUCAAGCUCUUUGCACUCCGACACUACUACUUCACUAACGGCUGGAACAUCUUCGAUGUGGUGGUGGUCAUCCUUUCAAUCGUGGGGAUGUUUCUGGCCGACUUGAUCGAGAAAUACUUUGUGUCGCCGACUCUCUUCAGGGUGAUCCGACUGGCCCGAAUCGGCAGAAUCCUCCGUCUCAUAAAAGGGGCCAAAGGAAUCAGGACUCUGCUGUUCGCUCUCAUGAUGUCACUUCCUGCCUUGUUCAACAUCGGCCUGCUGCUUUUCCUCGUCAUGUUCAUUUUCUCCAUUUUUGGCAUGUCCAACUUUGGCUAUGUGAAACACGGGGCUGGAAUAGACGACAUGUAUAACUUUGAGACUUUUGGCAACAGCAUGAUCAUCCUGUUCAUGAUCACCACGUCUGCUGGCUGGGACGGCCUGCUGCUGCCCAUUCUCAACUACCCUCCUGACUGUGACCCUCUUUUGGAGAACGCUGGCACCCCUGCCACUGGAGAUUGUGGCAACCCAUCGGUGGGCAUUUUCUUCUUUGUGAUGUACAUCAUCAUUUCUUUCCUAAUUGUGGUCAACAUGUACAUUGCCAUCAUCCUGGAGAACUUCAGCGUGGCCACAGAGGAGAGCGCCGACCCGCUCAGCGAGGACGACUUUGAGACCUUUUAUGAAAUUUGGGAGAAGUUUGACCCUGAUGCGUCCCAGUUCAUCACCUAUGCCAAGCUCUCUGACUUUGCUGAUGCACUUGAACACCCACUCCGCGUGCCCAAACCAAACACCAUUGAGCUGAUCGCCAUGGACAUGCCGAUGGUGAGUGGAGACCGCAUCCACUGCCUGGACAUCUUGUUCGCUUUCACCAAGCGCGUGUUGGGUGACAGCGGGGAGCUGGACAUGCUAAGGCAACAAAUGGAGGAACGUUUUGUUGCAGCUAACCCUUCAAAGGUCUCUUACGAGCCAAUUACCACCACGCUGAGGCGGAAGCAGGAGGAUGUGUCAGCCAGGAUCAUACAGAGGGCUUACCGCGUCUACUUGGCCCGACGAGGUUUCGUCUGCAAACGUAAACCAGUCAACAACACCGUGGAGAACGGCGGUAACAAUCAGGAACAAGACAAGAAGGAGGGCACUCCUUCCACAGCCUCUCUGCCCUCCUAUGAAAGUGUAACCAAACCUGACAAGGAAAAACAGGACGACAACAACGAGGGCAAAGGAGGGAGGAAAGAGAAGGGACGAAACCAAAAAGACGUACGAGAAUCUAAGUGUUAGACUGGAGGACGAACAACAACCAAGAUUAUUGUGUUGCAAAGCGGGAGGAAUAUCACUCACACAGAUGUACAGAUUCUUUCAUUGCAAGUCUGAAAAAAUAGUCUUCAAUAAUUUUGUUUACAGACUUUAUCAGCGCAGAGGGAAGCAGCGUGGUCUGUAAAAGCACGAGAACCUAUGACUUUUGGUCAAACCAAAUAUAAUCAGCAUACUGUGUUACAUUGUUCUAUCUAGACUGCUGAUCGAGCGAAAAGGAAAUGGAAACAGACCAGAAAAAGUCUGGUGCUUUCCCUCCAUGGGUCUACAGAUAAGAGAAGUGACUCUAUCUUAAGAGAUGGUGCCCGGAUGAAAAGGAGCAGAUUCCUGUGGAAGAACGUGUUGUCUAAGUAAAACCAGUUAGCUGCUUCAUGUUCAAAAAAUCUCUCCAAGCAGCUGGCGAGUUUUUGUGUCACUGAGCACUGCAAUGUACAGAUGUGUGCGCGUGGCUUCCUCUGUGGCAGAGUGUCCACUGGUGAGUCAGAGACCGAAAGGGGUUCAACUUUUUUUUAUUUAAUGCUAGAAAUUGUUUAUUUUAGCAGCAGAAAUGCAAUUGAUAAAUAAGAAAAAGAAAAAAAAAACAGUUUAACCAUGUCACUUAACUCCUCUACUGAUUUGUUAUCUCCACAUCCAAACGUUUGUUUGUCUGUUUGUUGAUCCUUAUGUUCCUUUAUGUUACAUAGGCUUUCACACCCAAAUUGGUUUAAAAAAAAGGUCUGUUUAUUUUGGAGUCAACUUGGGCCAAGGGCUUACAUUUACUCAGAAAGAUUUCCAAACAAAUACAUAAAUAAUGUGCUUGUUCAAUGCAUAAAAAUGACUUGCAUGAUGGCAUGUUUUGAUCAGAAAUCUUGCAUGCAUAGUCCACAAGACACUAAUACUAAGACCACGCUGGUGGCUCAACUGUACGACUGAGACGUUUUCACAGAAUUUGGAAGAUCAGAGUUAUUUGCGCAGCUGAAUUAGCAGCAGGUCGGCGGGAUGAGAGCGAUGACAUCGUCGGGUCAUCGCCUCGACCCGCCUCAUGGAAAUGAUGUCCCUGCAGGCAGACAGAAGACACAUCCUCUUUCUUUGCUGGUGUUUUUUUAUUGUGAAAGGUGAAGAGAAAGCUGCCUGUUUGCUUCUAGAACUGUCUUGUUUUUCAGGCACCGCACUACAGAGCUUAAAGCUUCCAUUCGUACUUUCCAUCCACCUAUGUGACGCUCCAUACCAUCUGCCUUGACUUUCCGUUGCGCGAUUGGGGAGGAGUCAGAGUGACGCCCUCCGUUCUCUUAAUGUUUCUCUGAGGGGGGAUAGACCUUUCUGAAAGGGCUGAGAAGAGAUGAAAUCAACCUGAUUUACUUGCAAAUGUACUUUAUGUUUGCUUUUCUAUGCUACAAGUUCAAGGAUGAUACGUUGGAUCCAGUUGAGAGGGAAGUGGUCUUGUGGAAUCACCGGUGUUCUGUUGUGCAAUGGUUGAUGAGAACCCUGAAUGUGGAGAAGCCAAAGAGAUCCUCCUUGUUCCCCCUUGUUGCCCAUAAAUGGGUGGAGUUUGCCCCGCCCCUUCUACAUUUCUAUCGUUUGCUGUUAAUAGACAGAGACACUAAACACAUAUGCAAUGCUUGAAAAAUUCUCUUUUUCUCAGGAGAUAUUAUAGAUCAGCUCUGCAAGAAAAUGCAAGUGAUUGUGAUGGGAGUGUUUAUGAAAUCACGUUUUAGGUUUUUCAAUGUCAUUCAGGUAAACAGGGAUCCUGGCUGGGUGAGUGGAGGCUCCGCCCAGAAUCAUAGGGCUAGAGGCAUCUCAGUGAAACGCCAACACUGCUCGUGCUUGUUGUGGUUGAGACUGAAGGCUGCUUGUGUUCAGAGACGAUCACAGGUCCACUGUUGGCUUGAACAAACGCCCCGAGUUUCCUCUCUGACCGUUUCUCCUCAUGUUGCUCCGCCCAUUACAACUACCAAAUAACCUGAGGGCGCCGGAUGUAUUUCAUUGGUAUUGUGAGCCUGAGCACCACAGUCGACCUUUUGCACUUCCUGUUGUGCAGUGAUGUCACUUUUCCUGUUGAUGAUUAACGCCCUCAGCCAUUUUCAAGGUCCAGUUGCUGCAUGAGAAUCAGAAUCGGUGUCAACCAAAUAAAGCGGAUUGAUGAGAAGCUAAAAUCCACCACCGUUCAUUUACUCCAAGAUUUCUGUACAGUAUUGGUGUGACAUUUCAGAGAAAACAAUCCUAUUUCAAAAGCUAAUUCUUCAUCCCUUUGGUUAAAAAACGAAGUGAACGAAGACUGGACUUUUUAAGAAACUAUAAAUAUUGUAAUAUAUUGUUUUAACAGCAUGUGUAGUUUUUUAUAAUUAUGGAUUACCUUAAAAACUACAGCUAAUAAUGUAACACUUAAUAAACCUAAAUAGAAUGGCUUCCAGCUGAUGUCCCUCGUCACACUUGUUAGGCUGUGAUGCGCUGUUAAGUGGGGUAGAUUUCUUUUCUUGGGGGGUCACUUUCACAAAAACAUUGAAGUAAGCUAAACAUUUCUUUAUUUAAAAAAUGGAAAAAGUAUUUAGAAACUUUAUAAAUCAGCCCGCACAUAUACAGUUCAACAUAUACAAUAUAUAUAUUCCUCCUCACACACAAACAUAUAUAUUUAUAUACAUAGUAUAUGUAUAUAAAUAUAUAUAUUUAUUUUAGGACGAUGUAUGUAACUCUCCUGUCCACUCCUUGCAUCGAGGUGAAAGUCAAAGUGUUCUUCUUUGGGGGGACGUUAGGAGAAAAACCAAAACCAAGCCUGCUCGGCACUUUGGCAUUGUGGGUUUGAGCGUUCGGUGCAUGGUGUUGUGCUGGCUGCUUGCUGUGGAUCGUGGAGUCUGCCUUGGGGAGAGGACUGCACAACCAGCAUACCUUUCUGUACCUGUGUGACGACGUCUGGCUUGUGAUUUCCUCUGUUGCAAACGAAAAGACGGACGCGAUGCCGCUGGUUCACGAGGGUUGCCUGUGAGCCACGAACCACUCUGUGUGAUGAAGCUUUGCUUGCUGCAGCUGAAACCCUCCGCCUCCCCGAAGGGUUUGAAAUAAUCUUUCAUUUUACCGUCACUUUUAAUAUUCUGUCAAAUGAUUUAAGGUUAAGUUGUUUUAACGUGUCUGCUGUGUGUUUGUUAACUGUGCAAUAUCUCUUAACGGCACGUGCCUUUUUAGCUUUCUAUUUAGUGGAAUCAGCAGUGAUGACCUCAUCACCCACAGAGCCAAUCAAAACAGAGCACGAUGAAGAAGAAUGAUCUCAGACUAAAACUCAUAGCAUAGUGUUAGUGGACUAACACCGUGUAAAGUCAUGUUAGUUCGUGCUCUCUGUGUUUCCUUGUUGCUGGCUAAUGGGCUAACAGAGAAACAGCUUGCCUUUUGUUUUACUCCCUCUUAUUGAUUUCAAGAUGUUGGUUCACUCUUUUCUUUUGUCGCAUGACUGAUUUCAUUUUUCUAUCUGAAAAUAGGUUGAUUGAAAGAUAAAAUCUUUUGACUGUCAUUAUUCUUUUGCCACUAACAGAGUCAGAACGAAGACAUAUGUUGCACAACCACAUGGGACAAAGUUAUUGACAACCAGUGAACGAAUGUCUUCAUUUGAGCACGAAUCUAUUUCCAACCAAUAAAGCAGCCUUCCAGUUGUC